CAGUAUUCUUCUUACUGAUAUAUAUUUGUGUUUGACAAUUCAGACCUUUAUCAACACUGUUUCUAGGUCCCUUUUACUGUUGCUUUGUGUUCCUGGUAACAGAACCAGGGGUUUAUUCAUUAGUUGCAUACCGUAGCAAAACGUUUGCAAUAAAUUAGGUUCUAUUUGACAGGUAGGUCCCUCCCUGUUUCGUUUGCUUCCGUUUGGUUCGUAGUGAAUACACCUCAGAGGAAGCAAUGAUUGUCUCUCGCCAUGUAAAAGGGCAAGGGAAACAGUAAUUUCAUGAAGACAAUCAUUUGGUUUGUCCAGCAGGUGGCAUGUAGCUAUUUUUUUUUCAUACAGUUGCUCAUGUAGUUGUCCUACCUGUUCAACCUGCCAUAGACUUACACCAAGCCACUCCCCCAACCCCCAUCAUUCCUCAGCAGAACUACCUGAUGACACAGUGGAGCAAGUUCCUUGUAAACAAUCUAGGUUUCUAUUAAACGUAGAGGGGGACAGGUGACUUGCAAAGUGUUUGUGCGGCUCUUUUAAAUCUGAAGAUUAGGGUGAGUGGCUUCUGGGGAAGUGUCAUCUUUCCUUUCUCCCCUCACACUCUGAGAGCUGGACCACUGAAGGUGUACCUCAUGGGUUCAGAUGAGGCCUACAACUUUGUCUUUAAGGUGGUUCUCAUAGGUGAGUCCGGCGUUGGCAAGAGCAACCUGCUCUCCCGCUUCACCAAGAACGAGUUCAACCACGACAGCCGCACCACCAUCGGGGUGGAGUUCAGCACACGCACAAUUCAACUGAAAAGUCUCAUCAUCAAGGCUCAAAUCUGGGACACGGCUGGGCUGGAGCGGUACAGGGCCAUCACCUCUGCUUAUUAUAGAGGGGCUGUCGGAGCGCUACUGGUCUAUGACAUCACCAAGCAUCUGACCUAUGAGAGUGUGGAGCGCUGGCUUAAGGAGCUAUAUGACCAUGCAGACCCUCACAUCGUAGUCAUGCUGGUGGGCAACAAAACUGAUCUGGGGUCAGAGCGAUCAGUGCCCACUGAGGAUGCCAAGGACUUUGCAGAAAAGAAUGGCCUAUUGUUCUUAGAGACAUCAGCCUUGGAGUCCACAAACGUUGAGACUGCAUUCCAAAAUGUCCUUGGAGAGAUUCACAGGAAGGUGAGCAGUAAAGAGGUGACCCGGGGGUCCAUUAGUGCCGUGUCUCUGGCCAGCCCCGUCCCCAGAGCUGCAGGCGACCCUGAAGAGAAGAAGCCCUGCUGUAGUUACCUCUGAUGGGACAAACCACCCAGUGAUGGGGGGGGGCAAAAAGGGGCUGCAAACCCCACCCACCCCCUCAUGUGGAAUAGAGCACUCCAUCUUCCUCUAGUUAGUGUGCCCAAAGGGUGCAAGCCUGAUUGAAAAGAAUGAUGCUGAGCAAGACCACUCUGAUGUGACAUAGUUAGUUACAUGUUGGCAGACAGAAUGAGU